AUGGAUUUGAGCUCAUCAUCAUCCGAAAGCGAUCAUCAAUUUCGAACGAAUGGGAAUGGGAAAGAAAACCGAUUCAGACGACCGUUUGAGAUUGUCGCAACCACUCUCCUCAGCCUCCUCCUCCCCCUCUCCUUCCUCCUCCUCGGCCGCCUCUCCACCGCCCGCUACCUCCUCUCCGCCUCCGACACCUACCUCCUUUCCUCCUCCGAUGAUUCCUUUUUGCGCUCGUUUUUCCUAUCGCACGCCAAAAAUCCCACGAUCCUCCACUUACUCGUCUCCGUUGUAAGCGUAUCCGCCCUCGUCCACGCUCUAACCGAUAAAAUCGGACCCGGCAGCGGCGGCGGCCGGAAUGCGCACCGGAGGCGGCCGCUCCGUUUGUGGGCCGCCUGGAUUUUCCUCUGCGCCGCGCAGGUGUGCGUGGGGAUGGGAAUAGAGGGGAGUAUAGCUGCGGGGGUCGACGGGUCGGGGUUCGGGAGGGGGAACGGGGCGGUUUGUCGGGCGGUUUUCUUCGUGGGGAUGCACGAGACAGCGGUGUGGUGGUGGAGGGUGGCGGUGAAGCCGGUGGUGGACGACACGGUGUUCGGGCGGCGGAGGGAGGAGGGGUGGGGGGACAGGGCAGCGGUGGCGGCGGGGUGCGGGUGGGUUUGGUGGUGGCGGGUGAGGGAGGAGGUGGAGUCGCUGGUGGUGGUGGCGGAGGUGAGGAGGGAACUGAUGAUUGGGACAGGGGCGGCGGAUAUCAUGGGCUGGUGGCUCUACUAUCUCACGGUCACCGUCGGGAUGGUCAGGGUGGUCAGAGGGAUCUUGUGUGCGGUGGUAUUCGCGACACGUAGGAGGGAGGGAGGAGAGGCCGGCCGGACUAACGACGACAAGGUUUGA